CAGACAUUCCCACACUCCCAAUUCCCAACCGCCAAAAAUAUCAAAGAUUCCCAUUUUCCGAUGAACACUUCCUUACUUUUUAUCUCUGAUUUUUUUGCUCUCUCUCUCUCUGCACGUAAAUAGCAUUGGUGCUACAGCUUAUGUUUAGUUUAGAUUUUAGAUACAUUCAAGUCUCUCUCUCUCUCUCUGUUAGAUCAUCAGUUCAGUUGCGGUUUCCGCUUCUCCGAGCUUUCAUUGUGACACAUUUUCACUCGACCAUGGGCGAAUUCAACAAACACAUUUUCCCUUCUGUCUCCUUUCUCCUCAUCCUCUUCCCAUGGCUUGUGCUAGCCCAACCAGAACAAGGAUCACCGUACGUUAACUUCGUUCUGAACGCCACAGAAUUGCCGGCGAGAGAAGAAUAUGAUUACAUAAUUGUCGGAGGAGGCACCGCUGGUUGCCCAUUAGCAGCCACAUUGUCUGAGAAAUACAGAGUCUUGUUAUUAGAGAGAGGUGGGCACAGCCAUGGCAACCCAAACCUCAUGACCCAAGAAGGGUUCUUGCCCUUACUAACCCAUACGGACGCUUUCGACUCGCCUGCUCAGGCUUUCACUUCUGAGGAUGGUGUUCCCAACGCUAGAGGAAGAGUUCUCGGUGGAAGUAGCGCCAUUAAUGCUGGGUUUUACACUAGAGGAGAUACAGAGUUCUUUGAGAAAUCUGGUGGCUACUGGGACAUGAAUCUCGUGAACCAGUCUUACGAGUGGGUCGAGAAGGCUGUGGUCUUUAGGCCCGAUCUCAGGAACUGGCAAUCGGCGAUUCGUGAUGGACUUCUUGAAGCUAAUGUCACUCCUUACAAUGGGUACGAUUUGAAUCACGUAAUCGGAACCAAGAUCGGUGGUUCCACCUUCGAUAGCUCUGGUCGGAGACACUCGGCUGCGGAUCUUCUGAACUACGCAAACCCAUUUAACAUCAGGAUCGCUCUCCACGCGAACGUCGUCAGGGUUAUCGUGGGCUCACGCUCUGUUUCUUCUGGUUCAUUGCCUUCCUCUGCUCCGGCCAAACAGGCAGCAAGCGGUGUCGUUUAUCGGGAUGGAUUGGGGCGGCACCACCGUGCCAUGAUACGGGGGGAUGGGGAAGUGAUUCUUUGUGCAGGGGCCAUUGGCAGUCCUCAGCUUCUGCUUCUAAGUGGCAUUGGCUCACGUGCCUACCUCUCCUCAUGGGGUAUACCUGUAGUUCACCACCUCCCCUAUGUGGGUCAGUUCAUGUAUGACAAUCCCCGCAAUGGCAUCUCAAUUGCUCCACCAUUCCCACUUGAUCAUUCUCUCAUACAGGUGGUGGGCAUUACCAAUUCAGGCAGCUACAUUGAGGCUGCAUCGAACAUUGUCCCUUUUGUGUCGCCACUGCGCCCCAUCUUCCUCCGUGAUCCUUUUUCUCCAGUCUACCUCACUGUUGCCACCAUUAUGGAGAAGAUUUCUGGGCCACUCUCGACUGGGUCGCUCCGUCUUGCAUCAACUGAUGUUAGAAUGAACCCGGUGAUACGGUUUAACUACUUCCAGAACCCGGUGGAUUUGGCGCGGUGCGUGACAGGGAUGCGCAAGAUAGGGGAGGUACUGAGGGGCCGUUCCAUGGAUGGUUUUAGGAUUAGUGGCUUGCUUGGUGAGAGGGAUUUUAGAUAUGUUGGGCCUGCAUUGCCCUUCAAUUUGUCUGAUGAUAGGUUGAUGGGUAAUUUUUGCCACCGAACAGUGGCAACCAUAUGGCACUACCAUGGUGGGUGCCUAGUAGGGAAGGUUGUUGAUCGUCAUUACAGGGUGAUUGGCUUGGAUGGGCUUCGAGUUGUUGAUGGAUCCACCUUCACGGUGUCUCCGGGGACAAAUCCACAAGCAACGCUGAUGAUGAUGGGCCGAUACAUAGGCCUGCAGUUGAUCAGUGACAGAACAACGUAGAUGUAAUGGCUGUUUUUGUGAGGACAAAACUGUUCAUUUCCAUCCAUGGCAUUUUCCUGCGGCUGCUAUUGGCUGCAUCUUGAUUUUUUUUUUUGGCUCCCUUACAUUGGUCUUUGUCUUGUAAAUUUCUGUGGUGCAUAUGAAUGAUGUUUCAACAGAGGAUAAGAUGAACUGCAGUAGUGUAUAAGAACAGAGUAGGAGUAUUGCUUUCUGUCUUGAUUGUUAAGUUCAUUCAUAUUUCAGCUGAAAGAAAUGAACAGUCAAAUGUAUAUUACUCUU